UAAUACUAGGAAGGACGUGUUAAAAGAUUGACUUAGAGAGUUGAUUUGAGACCGACACCCACCAAGCUAACUCACACUACUAAUAAUAUUGGGUCAGCGCAUCACUGCUGCUGAAACGAGCAUGGGGAUCAACACAGUCAUCGCCAGGAAUCUGAUCUUAAUUUGGGUCCUUAUCGUUUCCACAGCAGCGGCGAACACCAAUCACACCGUAGGCGGCAGCGCUGGUUGGUUCUUCAACGCCACCACCAACUCCUCCGCCACUAAUUACACCUCUUGGGCUGCCAAACAAACCUUUUCUGUCGGCGACUUUCUCAUUUUCCAGACCAACUCAAACCAGACAGUAAUCGAGACCUACAACAAAACAAUCUACCAGAGCUGCAUUUACAAAAACUCCACCGAUGACGUCCAGUACGGUGGCGGAGAAGGAAAAUUGGGGGAGACGUUGACUAUCGAAGUACCAUUGGCCGUCAAGGGUUCAAUCUACUACUUCUCCAACACCGGCGGCAAAGUUCAGUGUCAGCGCGGAAUGGCCUUUGAGAUCCAGGUCGUCAAUGGCAACGGCUUUCUACCAGACCUCAACUACGCGCCACCUCCGCCGCCGGGAAAUGGUGCCUUCAGGAUCGGCGGUAGGGGGCUCUAUGCCCUUCUUCCUCUACUAUUAAUUAAUAUUUUGAGGUCUGAAUUGUAAUUUAAUGUUCAAAUUUUCCAGUUAUUUGAGUAUUUAAAUGUAAACGCAAGAUGGACAUUUCCACGGUUUAGUGUGUCCAUAAGAAAUUUCGAUUUUUUCUAAUUAAAUUUUUCUUCGUUCAA